GUGGCUGCAAUGGCAGCACAGGUAGGGCACAGGAGACCGGAUAUAGUGAAUGCAGGGUCCGGGGAGAGCGGAUAUAGUGAAUGCAGGGUCCGGGGUGACCGGAUAUAGUGAAUGCAGGGGUCCGGGGAGACCGGAUAUAGUGAAUGCAGGGUCCGGGGAGACCGGAUAUAGUGAAUGCAGGGUCCGGGGAGACCGGAUAUAGUGAAUGCAGGGUCCGGGGAGACCGGAUAUAGUGAAUGCAGGGUCCGGGGAGACCGGAUAUAGUGAAUGCAGGGUCCGGGGAGACCGGAUAUAGUGAAUGCAGGGUCCGGGGAGACCGGAUAUAGUGAAUGCAGGGUCCGGGGAGACCGGAUAUAGUGAAUGCA